AUGGGUAAUAAAUAUAACGAUAGCGAGGUAAUUAUUCGUCGUGCUAAAAAGGAAGACAUGGUCGCGGUCGCAGAAAUGAUCCAAGAACUUGCCGAUUUCGAAAAAAUGCCUACUGGGCCGCAACUAUCUGUAAAAGAUUUGCAACGUGAUGGCUUUGAGUCUCAGCCCGCAGCAUUCAACUGCUUAGUUGCAGAGCUUACAAAGGAUAAGAGCAUAGUGGGUUAUGCUCUGUAUUUUCCAACAUAUUCUACUUGGCAAGGUCGGUCUAUGAUGUUAGAAGAUUUGUAUGUGCGGACCAGUGAGAGAAGACAUGGAGUUGGGAAUAAAUUAUUUAAUGCUGUAGCAAAAGAAGCCAAGUUGUCAGGUAGUUCCAGAUUAGACUUUCAUGUGUUAGAGUGGAAUGAUGCCAGGUCAUUUUAUGAAGGCAAGGGCGCUCUUAACUUGACUAAAUCUGAGGAAUGGUGUUAUUAUCGUCUUACCGGGGAGGCUUUGGCAGUCACAGCAGAUCAGGCAGGAGAUUUGAAG